AUGGCAGUGAGAGCUCCUCUCGCGUUCAGUCCUGCCACCAACCCUCUUUUUUCGCCAUUUUCGCCCUUCCCAGAACAUCCCGCCUCGCCGGCGCGACCUCGAACUGCUGGGGCGUCGAGUGUCCAUAUGUCCGGACCAGAGAGGUCGAAUAUAACCGGCGACAAUCAUCUCAAGGCACCGCCAGUUACCGGCAAUGGCAUAACCUCGCCCCAAGAUCCCGUUAAUCCUUCUCCCGUUUCCUCGGACGUGACGAACUUUGAAGACGUGGACGAAGAGUUUGAAGAGGACGAUACCGACACAAGGAGGAGUCCUUUGGCUGAAGCUACUUCCACCCCCAAUGACAGUCAACGACUAUCAGUCACUUCUCCAGCCAGGAACAACUGGCAACGAAUGACAAGUCCAUUGACUCUUGACACUGUUGCGAUAUUGAAUCAACAGAUUCAGGCGAGAUUGGAAGAAGAGACAGAACCCCAAUCGGCCAUUCACAUCCCAACUGAGUUUGGCAAAUUUCCUAGCAGACAAGCUCCCGAACACCUGAGCCAACCGAGGGUCCAGGGUUUGCUCAACAAAGCUGGAGAGGAUCCUAUCGCGCCACCAAAGGAAGCGGAAAGGGCCAGGGCGGAUUCUACCGAUUCUAAAAGAUCGGAUUCUACCGUCACCGAAUCAGCCGCUCUUGAGAGCACACCUACUACCAAGACUCAUGGUGUUCCGAUGCCUCCGACCCCUUUGCAAACCAGCCUCCCUCCACUGCCGAUCCCACACGACUGGUCUCGAACUCCCAGAGCACAGACGAGACAAGACCUCAACGUUCUGAGUCGUCCAGGCUCGAGCCUUGCCAGCAUCCUGGAGGGCGACACGGAUGAUCACCCGAGUACUGAUGAGACCGGAGAUGAAAGUCAACUCGACAGGAGCUUGCGGGAUGCUGAAGCGGAGCUCAAUGCCCUACGCAACGCACUAUCUGAAUGCUGGACGUUGUGCAAUACACUGGCCAACCUGAGCCACAUUCACCGGGCGAGGAUCUUCAACUUCUCCGGCCGGGGUGACAUGCAAGAGCAAGCAUGGAAAGCCUGCUGGAAGUUAUGUCAAACCCUCUACAACACUCGGGAGGACAAUGGGCCGGAGGCAUUUUCGCACAAUUCGUCUAGGCCCACGUUAGAUCUUUGUCGCGAUUUCUGCCAGGCACUCUUCGAAGUCAGAGUUCGAGAUAAUGAGACGGCAGAUUCGGUGCUGAGAGUCAGCUUUGAAUUAAACAAUCACCUCUUCAACACGCACGAUCGAAGCCUCCCCGAAGCAUUUCGGGAGAGGACGCUGGACUUCUACAUCACCCUGUGUCAUCGACUGAUGAAACAGAAAUCGAAAAUGGCCGAGGAAACAGAUUCGUUACUCCGAGCUUGCUGGUCUUUGGCCGAGAUGUUGUUCAGCCUGCGACAGAACCGACGCGAGGGGAAAAGACCAGAUGAGGAACUGCUAGGUUCGGCGAUCCUGGCCUGUUGGGAGCUCUGCGACUUAUUUAGAGAGGGAUGGACUCGAAUCCGUCCAGAAAGAGGCACGCCACGGCCCAGCCAGGCGACAUUCACACAGGCGUUUAACCAAGCCAAAAGAUCGGGAUUUGCGCCGUUGGACGAGAAUGCCAAUCCCAGACUAUUCCCAGAAACCCCGACGACGAUUUUCGAAGACACCGUCACCACCAUCUCACCCGAUGAAGCGCCCACGCCCAAUAUCUUCGUUCUCGGAGCCGAUGAAGCGUCGCGAAUGUCGACUACCUCGUCCGAAACGUCGAUCUCCGGGGGCCCUCCCCAGCGUCAGCCCUCUCCCAAUCCCCGAAAUCCUCAUUCCGCCCAACCUGGUCCGUCUGUUGCAAGCCUCGCCAAUUAUGCCCGAUGGUCAGCCAACUCUUCAACCUUGUCGCUUCCAGCGUCUGCGAUCUCAGAAGGCGGCCCCAAUCCUGUUUCGGCCACGACCGUGUCGACCAUCCGCACCCCAGGCGAAGAUCCUACUUUGAUUCUUCUCAAAGCGUUGUUUGUCAAAGCCGCCCUAGCCACAGGUCGUCGGUUCACUCAGACCUCGCCCGACCCGAAUCUGAAUUCUCUACCUAAUUUCGCCAAGAAUCUCCCGGACACGGCAUUCGGCAAUCAGACGUGGCAGGUUUCUUUGCUGGAAAACUAUCGCAAAGCCAUCAUGAAUGAUUCCGGGUUUCGGAACUUGGGCACGGCCGGGACCGUGGGUGAGCGGGGCAAGCUGAAUCCCGUGGAAGUUGGCCGCGCUGUCCUGGGCAUGACCUCGUGCGUUUAUGGGUUCGGGUGGCUGAAAGACCUGUAUCGGUUCGUGUUUGGGUUCUAUGUCGAGGAGGCUUUGAAAGGAGGCGGAAGCGAAAGUCACGCCGCCCAGACUCGGGUUCAAACGUCUGGCGCGGGAGGCGGAGGCGGAGGCGGAGGUGGAACAGGUCGGCGGUUAACAACAGGCAAACAACAGGGAGUAGGAGUCACUGCCGCAGCUAGUCUGGUAGCCGCGGUGAUGGGCAGUGGCAAGACCAGCAGCCUCAAUGUUCCGACACCUACGGGCGGCGGCGGAGGCAGCAGCAGCAGUACAAAGAGCACAGGAAGUGGAGGGGGAAAUGGAAGUGUCAAAGGAAGCAACAACGGCCGGCGGACAAUCAGUCAAUAA